UCGUCAAGCUCCGAUUGUUGGAUGUAAUCUUGGAAAAGUGGUUAAAGGAGAAAAUCUUCACCCUUCAAGAUCUCGUUACCAGAUUCGAUUAACCUAUAUUACACAAAGUGACAAGCGCGGUCAAACGACCCCGCAGUUUAUGGAAAUUGAUUAAAUAACGUCGCUAAUCGAAUUGCGAGACGUCCCAGUUAAUUGAGUACAUGGCGAUAAAUACCAUCCAAACACAACGAUACUGAAAGUACGCAAAGCUGUCACGCCGAAUAAGUGGCCUGUAUACGCGAGCGCCUGUUCGAGGCAUUGGAAACAACAAAACAAGCGAUUCGAUUAAACGAGAGAGGAGAGUGCGAUCUACUGUUUACGGUUCGUACAGCGGAUACGAUCGUGUAUGACUUGACUCCGCGAGAGUCAAACAGUUUCAUUAGUCUGUCUGUAAUUGCGGUGUCAAAGACGUCAACCGAUCAUCAACUUAACAAUCUAUUGAGGAUCACUUAAGAAAGCGAUCAACCCUUAACCACGUCCAUUUGUCUAUGUCAAUCGAAAAAAAUGCGCUCGUUGUGCCUCUGAUUGCACUUCUAGUGACACUGACCUACACCAAUGCUGACUGACUCCCUUUGCGAGUCGAAAUAGAGCUCCCCGCGAACAUGGACUUCCUCAAGCGAUGCUUCAUCAAGCGGCCCUCGCCGGACGACAUGGCCGACGGGCUGGAAACGGAGCAGGAGUACACGGCCCGGUGGAACUCGAUUCGGAUCAUAUAUUACACGAUGUUCCUGAUGUCGCUGGGAUUUAGCAUAAUUUUGACCGGCGUUUGGCCGUAUUUAGAUAAGUUAGACCCACACGCUGGUAAGGAGUUCAUGGGUUGGAUCGUCGGCGCUAACCCCGUUGGCCAGAUGAUCUUCAGCCCGCUGGUCGGUUGGUGGGGUAACCGACUUGGCUCGAUUCGGCUUCCCUUGUUGUGUUCAUUGGCGUUGUUUUCGAUCGCCAGCGGGAUCUACUCCACGCUGGAGGUCUUCACGACCCAUCGAAAGUACUGGAUGCUGUACUCGCGCUUCCUGAUUGGCGUCAGCUCGUCCAGUAUCGCUGUUUGUCGAUCGUACCUGUCGGCGGCGACCAAGGUCAGCGAGCGGACCGGGGCCGUUUCGAUGGUUUCGCUAGCGCAGACGUUGGGCUUCAUCGUGGGACCGGCGCUGCAAGGAUUGGUCACCCCGCUGGGUGAUCGCGGCUUUCCGCUGAUCCGGAACAAGCUGCACCUGAACAUGUACACCGCGACCGGCUGGAUCAACGUCAUCAUGGGCAUCAUGAACUUUUGCCUGUUUUUGCCCUUUAUCUUCAAGGAACGGCGGAUUGCGGCGAAAGAGGCGAUGAUCAAGCGCGGUAUGGAGUCCGAGAAGGAGACCUGGAAGCUGCUCAAGCCGGAUUACGUGUCCGCGUGGUCACUGAUCUUUGCAUUCUUCAUUCUGGUGUUCAACUUUGUGUUUUUGGAAACCCUCGCAACUCCUCUAACCAUGGACAUGUUCGCCUGGACCAAGGCGGAAGCCCUGUACUACAUGGCUUGGGUUAUGGCCGUCGGUGCCAUCGUGGCCAGCGUAACAUUCGUAAUGAUCGCACCGCUCUGCAAGCGAUUCAAAGAAUACAACGUCCUGCUGUGGGGUGGAUUCUUUCUGAUGGUGCUCGGUCGUGCCGUGUACAUGCCCAUGGGAGACAACCCUCCCAAGCUGGCGAUUCCGGACAACACCAGCAUCGCGCUGCGUCACCACGCGGAACCGUACGUGUACGGGUCAAACUUUACCGAAGUCUACUCCAACCUCACCAGAGUAGACUUUGGCGGUGACAACUCCACCGACGUGGAAGCCCUGCUGGAAGAGGAACUACUCGGUUGUCCACCCUCCCAGGAGUGGUGUAAAACAACCAAAGGAAUGACCAUUUCGCAGUUCCUGUUGGGUUACGCCUUCACCGCGAUCGGGUACCCCAUCGGAGUCACGCUGAUCACGACCAUCUUCUCUAAAAUUCUUGGCCCACGACCGCAAGGCACCUGGAUGGGACUGAUGACCGGUUCGGGGUGCCUCUCGCGAGCCAUGGGACCGGUGUUUCUGUCCACAAUCUACACCAAACUGGGACUGUACUGGACGUUCGGUUCAACUGCCCUAAUGAUGGCCGGAACCAUGCUCUGGUUGUGGCAUGUUAGGAAACGCCUCGUCCCAAAAGACUUCGACAUCCCGACGGCCGGCCAAGAGCUGCUGACGGUGGCCGCCAAGAAGGACCCCGAGAAUCCGGUGGUCGAUCCGUCCGAAGUGGAGAAACUCAACAGCGAUAGCGCGGAAAAGGUGGAGGAGAAACCGCCGCCGGCGACGGCAGCCAUUGAAGACAGCAAACGUUAAGUCUGAUAUUACUUACGAUGUUAAGACGAAGGAGGUUAGGUUUAGGCGAAGCGGACGCACAGAUCAAUCAUAGCCCAAAUUGUGUUUACAGGAAGAGACGAUGAAAGAUUUACAAUUUUUGCAGCGUGAUGGU